CCACUUCUUCCCUUAAAUGCAUGCAAGUUAUUUAUCAAUUUCAUUUCACACUCUUCUUUUGUCUUUCUCAUUUACUUUUCUCCUAUAAAAGUUAAUAACUCUCUGUCUCAAUUUCUUCUUGUUUUUUUGUAUCAUUUUCUUCCUAUCCUCUUUUCUAAACUAUGGCUGAUUCCAAAGAUUCCUUCAGGAUGGAACCCAAAUCUUCAUCUUCAUCCACAUCAACCACAACCUCAUCCUUACAAAAACAUCAUAGGACUUUUUUGAUGACUCAAAACAUCCUCAGAAUCUUAGUCAUUAUCCUCACUGCAGUUUCAGUUGUUGUUACAGUCACCAACAACCAAACCAUUACGCUGUACACUUUUCAGUUUGAAGCUCACUUUUAUUACUCUUCAUCUCUCAAGUUCUUUGUUGUUGCAAAUAGUGUGGUCUGUUUCUUUUCUGUGCUAUUACUUAUAUUCAAUCUUUUGAGGAGGAGGCAACAAACACAUCAACUAAAAGACUACUACUUCUUCCUGUUUUUAUUUGACUUGGUGAUGACGGUGUUGUUGAUAGCUGGAUGUGCAGCAGCCACAGCCAUUGGAUUUGUGGGACAGUAUGGAGAUGACCAUGUGGGUUGGAUUCCAAUAUGUGACAAUGUGAAAAAGUUCUGCAGAAUCAAUUUGGUUUCACUUUUGAUUUCAUAUUUGGCUUUCUUUGCCAAUUUGGGACUCACAGUUUUAAUAGCUUAUAAAUGCACCACAUGAAUUUUCUCUUAUGAAUUUCUCACUUUCACAUGUAUCUUAUCAAACAUGCUCCAUUCUCCAAUAGUUGUACCUAGUUUAUGUCGUUUUGUAUGAAGUUUCUUAUAUGUAAUAAAAUUUUAUUUUAGUAAAAAAUGUUGAGUUUGGUGUAUGGUUUUAAUUGCAAACAAAAUGCUAGUACAACACACAACUAACUUAUGAAGAAAGAAUUUAUAUUUCUUAAUUUCUUAAUGAUGGUUUGAUAAUGACUUGCCUCCAGAAUAUAACACGGGUUGCUGCAAAUCUACAUACUCUUUCUAGUCAACAAAUGAUUUCCCCACAACUUGUGAGUUUAAUCUUUCUUGAGAACCUCUAUAAUCGAACUGUGCGUGAGAUAGUCAAAGAAAUGAUCCGUAACUGGAUAGAUAUAAAGAUUUUGGUUCUAAAACUCACUUGUCUCAUGUGGAUGAUUUCUGUUUGGUUGCUUGGAUUGGAGAAGUGGAUUGGUAACACUCUUUUGGAUUUUAUUUUCUCAAAGAAUGUUGAUGUUCUUAGUUGGAAGGAUUAUUUUAAUAGUGA